CACCAUGGACGACACACCAAAAACCUACCCGAAUCCACCAUACAAAAAAAUGCUCCAUGCAUCCUUGAUUUGAUUAUUCUAUAUAUAAAUACAGCAUCCUCCUUGUACUGCAUGCAGCAAACGUCCCUGAGGCUGUCCAGUGUACUGUACUUUCAGCAUUAUUUCUCAUUACCAAAACAACCAACAAAGUCGAUAUAUUAUAUAAUGUCGAUCAAUAUUCCUAAUAGCGUCUUUGGUGGUCGCUUAUUUGAACCUCUGAAUCUUGAGUUUCAUGAUUUCACAAGCUGUCUAACUAUACCCCAGACUUCCUUCCCAAACGAAACGACGACAUUCGUGAGCGGUAGGGUUGACUGGAAAGAGACCCCAGAGGCACACGUGCUGAAGAUGAAUCUUCCGGGGCUCAAGAAAGAGGAAGUGAAGGUGGAAAUAGAGGGGAAUAGUGUCCUCUGCAUUACAGGCGAGAGGAAUAUAGAGAAAAAAGAGAAGACGGAGAGGUGGCUGCGUAUAGAGCAAAACAGCGGCAAAUUUGUUAGGCGUUUAAGGCUUCCUAAGAAUGGAGAUGCUUGUAAGGUCAGAGCUUGUCUUGACAACGAAGUACUUACUGUUAUAGUUCCUAAGGAGGAGACCAAGAAGAAGCAUCUUCCCAGAUACAUUCCUAUUUCCGGCUGAAAGUUUUGGUACUUAAUGACUUUAAUUUUCUGAUAAUUUGAUAAAAUAAAGCACUGUGAUCAUGUAAACGAUCCAUCCUAUGCUAAAUCUCAUAACUGAUCAUUAAGUAA